AUGGCUCAUCCACUACAUCCACCACCACCAGCAUCUUCAAAGCUAGCCCCAGCACUGGACCAUGUGCCAACAGUUUUUGACAACUUCAGUGCGAAUGUGGUGGAAGAUGGGAACACUGUGGACCUAGGGUUGUGGAACACUGCAGGCCAGGAGGAUUACAAUAGACUAAGACCUUUGAGCUAUCGUGGAGCUGAUGUUUUCCUCCUAGCCUUCUCCCUUAUGAGUAAGGCCAGCUACGAGAAUGUUGCUAAAAAGUGGAUUCCUGAAUUGAGGCAUUAUGCACCUGGUGUUCCUAUAAUUCUUGUUGGAACAAAGCUUGAAGAGAUCACCCUCAACUUGGACAUAUGGGAAGGUGGGACGCCCAAGCCUUGGGCAUUGGAAAGAGAGGAGGAAGAGAGGUUGGCGUGA